UUCUCCUGUCCGCCUUCCCUCUGUGACCUUUGGCCGCGCGGAGCUGCCGUCCUUCCCCGGAGCAGCAGGAUUGGGAACUGCCUUCCGUGGACGUCGGUGAAACAAAUAUGUUUCCUCUCAUACAACGGUGCUGCUUCUACACAUCUUUCAGACUCCAGAAGUUAACGGGUCCCAGGCUGCUGCUCUGUGCAAAGAAUAAAACAACUUGGUCUUCCCUCGGCCUCUGGCUCCAGAGGGAUGUGUGUCCUCUCUCGAGACCUCCAAGCCUCAAACCAGUUUAUGCCACCCAGCUCCAGGCUCUUCACACCUCUCUGCCCGCCUCCAAGAAGAAAAAACCUCCAGAAUCCGAGGCAGAAUCCCAAGAAAGCAAGGAAUCCCUGAAGGAUGCUCCCAAGCCAGCCCUUUACCUGAGCCUGGGGGGACUAUUUCCCUUCGUGAUGGCACCGCUGGCCAUGGCCAUGCAGGGCUCCUACUACCCCGAGGUGGCCUUUGCUCAGGUGACGUACGGGGCCGUGACAGCCUCGUUCCUGGGGGGAAUGAGAUGGGGCUUUGCCCUCCCUGAAGGCAGCCCGGCCAAGCCGGACUGGCUGAACCUGGCGAACGGCAUCGUGCCCCCCGUGCUGGCCUGGCAGGCCUUGCUCUUCAAGGAUGCCACCCUGGGAGCAGUGAUGCUGGUGAUGGCCCUGGGGAUAGCCCUGCAUUAUGAUGUCGCCCUUCUGCCCCCGUACCCGAGGUGGUUUCGGAGGCUGAGGGUGUGGGGAACGGUGGUGAUGGUGUCGUCCCUGCUGGCCACUGCAGCACUGAAGUUCAUUUUAGAGGAGCAGAGACUUGAAGGCAGAAAUAGCUGGCAGAACACAAACUGAUAAAUCGAUAGGGAAAAGAUAUUGUCUGCCAGUAAGGUAUUUGAGUGGAGUUCCUGGAGAAAUAAAGAACUGAUUUGUGCUUAAAAGUGAUGAUGGCAGGGAUCAAGAUGCUUACUCUCAAAGGAAACUUGAUUUUCCUACUGAUUUUCUAGCUAGUUUAGGAGGGAAGGAUUGCAAAUAGCAAUGACUUCCAAGGCAAGGCGGAGUCUGUCCUUAUCCAUAGAACAAGGAAUCGCUCUUGAACGACAUAUUGCUGUCCUAGGAAUUUCAAAUGGAGAUUCAGAAUGAUGUGGGUAUGAAUUGCUGUAGGCUGAGUUAUUAAAGUAUCUGGUUUAACUAUAA